GAAGCCCCUUUCUUUCAGCGGGAGCAGCAUGGGACGCGCUUGCCCGCAGCCCGCAGCCUGGAGUGCAGUCCUGUUAAAGCCAUCUAGGUCGGUGGCCAUCCUAGGCAGAGGGCCUUCUUGGUGGUGGCGCCCGCCCUGUGGAACGCCUUCCCAUCAAAUGUCAAGGAAAUAAACAACUAUCCGACUCUUAGAACAGAAUGAGAGAGUGGUGGCUCCAGGUGGGCCUGUUGACCGUGCCCCUCAUUGCUGUCUACCUGCACAUCCCGCCCCCCAAGUUAUCGCCGGCUCUGCAGUCAUGGAGGUCGUCGGGAAGCUAUUUCACCUUCCAGAGCCAGAACAUCUUCUACAGAGACGCCUCGGGCGCCGUUGGCAGUUCGGACAUUGUGGUCCUCCUGCAUGGCUUUCCAACCUCCAGCUACGACUGGUGCAAGAUUUGGGAAGGGCUGACGCAGAGAUUUAACCGAGUGAUCGCCCUGGAUUUCGUGGGAUUUGGCUUCAGCGACAAACCGAGGCCGCAUCAGUACUCCAUCUUUGAGCAAGCCAGCAUCGUGGAAGGUCUUCUGGACCACUUGGGUCUCCUGAACCAGCGGGUCAACCUCCUCUCGCACGACUACGGGGACACCGUUGCGCAGGAGCUGCUCCACAGGUAUGAGCACAAUGUGACGGGAAGUGUCCUCAUCAACAGCCUGUGCCUGUCAAAUGGAGGUAUUUUCCCAGAAACCCACCACCCCAGAUUCAUCCAAACGAUUCUCAAAGAUGGCGGCCUGCUCUCACCCAUUAUCACCCGAUUAUCAAAUUACUUCUUCUUUGCCAGAGGACUCGCGGCUGUCUUCGGCCCAUAUACCCAGCCUUCAGAUGCUGAAUACUGGGACAUGUGGACAGCAGUCCGAACAAACGACGGCAACCUUGUGAUUGACAGCAUUUUGCAGUUCAUCAACCAACGGAAAAACCACAGGGACCGCUGGGUGGGAGCUCUGAAAUCCACGUCUGUUCCACUACAUCUGAUUUAUGGGCCUCUGGACCCUGUGAAUCCAUACCCAGAGUUCCUUCAGCUCUACAAGCAAGUGCUUCCCAUGUCGACUGUUUCUGUGCUAGACGACCACAUCAGCCACUACCCGCAGCUGGAGGACCCUCUCGGCUUCCUGAACGCCUACUUGAACUUCAUCAACUCCUUCUGAGCCGCGGGCAGGAAGAGCCGCUUCUCUGCUUUCAAGAGGCGUUCUUUCAUUCAAGAGGGCUAAAUCGUGGGCUCGGGGGGUCUUCCGGCCUCCCAAAACCCCACUCCGUACGAAGAGCAGGAAACCGGUUUCUCCCUUGGCGACUGAAGCAAUAAGACUCCUGGCUAGUCACUCUCUCUAGUGGCUGGCAUGGAGAGACAAAAGUGAUUUCCUUGUACGCUUAGCUGCUGGUCCUUCCUCUGUGUUGCUUAAGGAGAGAAGGAAGUGGCGCCGAGGGGCGAGACUGGGCCAUACAAACAGGCACAUAAUUUCUAUGCAUCCUUGUCUUGCUUCUUUCGAAGAUGGCAGGGACAUUCGCCAGGCUCUGGAAGAGGGAGAGGCCCUGAUUCUUGCAUGGCUACUUCCUUGCUGGGAGGCGAGCAGAGAGGAAGGGUGGACUUAAUCGUGCCUACGGUCACAGCCACGCCGUGCAUCUCAAGCACAUGGCUUCCUCCCAAGUACCCUGGGAACUGUAGUUCACCCCUCGCAGAGCUGUUCACAUCGCCCUUAAACAAUGGUUCCCAGUAUUCUUUGAGCUGUGAUCUUAUACGGCUUCUUGUGACGGUUCUCCUAUUUUGUUCAUGGUCCACAGGAGGGGGGGCGGAGUCACAUAGGGGAUUCUGGGUUUUCCCCGGUCUUCUGCCGUGAUCCUUCCCACAUCCAACAUGAAAAGACCUCUCGCUAAUAGCGGGGAGGAGGGACUCCAAGGGACUCACCCUAUAAGCUCAACCUUGGCAUGCGAGAGAGGGGUUGCACAGUGUUCAAGCUCCACUGGGAGAUGUUUAGGAUACAGUACGGGCCUCAUGGAUCAGGCCAAUGGCCCAUCUCGUCCAGCAACCUCUUCUCACAGCGGCCAACCUGCGGGAGACCUGCAAGCACGCCCUCCCAUGAUUUCCAGCAACUGGUAUUCAGAAGCGUAUCGCUGUCCAACUGGGAAGGUGCAGGAAAGCCAUGGCUAGGAGCUGUCAAUAACCCUGUCCUCCAUGAAUUUGCCCACUUCUCUUUUGAAGCCAUCUAGGUCGGCGACCAUCACCACCUCCUGCGGGAGGGAGUUCCAUAGUUUAACGAAUGUGCUUUGUUAAGGGCUUUCCUUUUUUCAGUUAAGUCAUUGAUUAAAUGCCUGUGGGCUGACUGAAGAAGGGGUGUGGUGAAGUGCUUGGGUUUCGUCUUCGCCUUGCCUAUUCAAAGUGUGGCGGCAGCAGCCAAUUUCUAUAUUAUUAUUAUUAUUAAUUACAGUGGUGCCUCGCUUAACGAAUGCCUUGCUUAACGAAAUUUCCGCUUAACGAAAGGAUUUUUCGAGCGGAGCUUGCCUCGCUAGACGAAUGCGUUUUAUGAAAAAUUCGUCUAGCGAAUCGAGGUUUCCCAUAGGAAUGCAUUGAAAUUCAAUUAAUGCGUUCCUAUGGGCAAAAAAAAAGUCGAAAAAAAUUCAGUGCAUUCCUAUGGGAUUCGCUAGACGAAUUUUUCGCUAUAAAAAAAGACCCGUGGAACGAAUUAAUUUCAUCUAGCGAGGCACCACUGUAUUAUUAUUUAUACCCCGCCCAUCUGGCUGAGUUUCUCCAGCCACUCUGGGCGGCUCCCAAUCGAGGGUUAAAAACAAUACAGCAUUAAACGUUAAAAACUUCCCUAAACGGGGCUGCCUUCAGAUGUCUUUUAAAAAUAGGAUAGCUGUUCAUUUCCUUGACAUCUGAUGGGAGGGCGCCACCACCGAGAAGGCCCUCUGCCUGGUUCCCUGUAACCUCGUUUCUCUUAGGGAGGGAACCGCCAGAAGGCCCUCAGAGCUGGACCUCAGUGUCCGGGCAGAACUAUGGGGGUGGAAACGCUCCUUCAGGUAUACAAAACGUUUGCAUAUCCUUGGAUAUCCUUGAUGUGCAGUCUCUGUCUGGUUGACUCUCAUGCCCACUUGGUAACCGCGAAUCCUGUUUUUAGUUCAUUAAGGGGGAAAAAUAUUGCACAGGAAGAUGCCCAAAUUAAUCCAUCUUAAAGUUUAUUUGCUAUGCAGGGUCGCCAGGCAGAAAACGGAUUGUUAAAGGAAUACUUGGUGCUCUGAAGUUGCAAAAAACAAGAACUAAAGCUGCAAUCCUAACCUCACUUACCUUGAAGUAAGCCCUGUUGAAUUCAGUAGGAUAAUGCUGUUAUCUCUUACAGAAAAGGGGACAGAAAUAAAGUAGCCAGAGGCACGUAAAGGAUCUGGUCUGUUGCUAAUGGGGCAUCCCAAACUCUUCCACUGAUAUUUGGUGUCCGCUAGGAACUUCUAGGCUCCCAUCCUCUUCCAUGGUACAGAUUUGCGAAGUAGUUGCAGUAACACAGCAGCUGAAAGGAGCAGCUCUUCUAACACAGAUGGCUUUAAGCUGGUAUUUCUGCUUCAGACAUAUUUACCCUCUCUAAAAGGUCCAGUGGAAAGGAAAUCCAGACAGCUGGCGGCAGCUCUAGAACUUCAUUUGUAGAGCAAGUCUAGCAACUUGAACCUGGGCCAAGAGGGAGAUUUCAUUCAUACGGCCUUUAAGGCAGAGGGCAAUGCACCGAGCUUGGCCAGUGUAGCUUCAAAUCAUUGUUUGCCUAUGAAACAGAGGCUCUAGAGCAGAGGUUGCCAAUCUUUUCAGGCCCUGGAGUAAGUUCGGAUUUUGAAGCAAGUGAACAUGGGCCACUGGCCACUUCUUGACCUCCUCCCUCUGAAAGAGAGGAAAUGCGUGCACACAUUUUGGUUCUCUGGGGGUGCAAGUCAGGACUUCCGGUGCUUUCUGCCAUAAUGGAGGCAGAUCUCACACUAGCGGAGACCAAUUGCGGACCAUAAAAAAGGAUAAAUUAGGGUAAUUGUUCUUGUAACCCCCACCCCCCAGGUCGGAGGGGGGGCAAGCUCCACUUGCAGAUAAUCUGAUACCUGGCUACCUGGAUCUCGUCCCAAUACAAAGGACGGAAGGUAGGAGUGGCUGAGUGUAAAGCAAUCCGCUCAUCAGCAACCCUCCAACACAGCCAUUGUGAGCAGAGGUUAUUCUGUAUUUUUAGAAAGAAACUAAAGGGGCUGGACUAAAGGGACAAUAUAUCCUGAAUAAUCAGAAUUGCUCUGCACCUUGGAAAGUACAGAGCGCUGAAUGAAAUGUCACCCUUUCCAACUUCAUCUUUGAGCUCUGGGUACUUUAAAGGAGAAGGAAGCCAGCAGCCUAAGACCAAGGGGGCAGUGAUGUGGGGCUCAGAGGCUUCAUGGGUGCCAGGGGAAGACGGCGAAGGUACCAACUGCUCCAGGAGUGCCAUGCUGGCUCCCCCUGCACUGCAAAGUUAUCAAGGCAUGUAAUUUACCAUCCUGCGCAUAGAACCAACCAUGUGGGAGACUAGUUAUCCACAAUGUCCUGCCAAGAAGGGAGGGGAGCUUUUUCCUUGCCCACCUAGAAAUCGGGCAAGCGAUAAAAGGCAUGGCAGACGGCCAUCUGCACUUGGCCUGCCCUACACCACAGGGUUGGCGUGAAGCUGAUAUACUGCUCUGAGCACACUGGACAAAAGGUAGCAGGACAAGAGUAAGCCUGGUUGUCCUGCCACUCCCUUCUUUCUGGUAGCACUGAGAUCUGAAGCAGCUCUCAAAAGGCAAAAUCUGCCCUUGUAAUCCGGGGUUUACAUCCCUUGC